AACCAUAAUUAUAUACAAUAUCAGCACAAAUAAUUAAUUUCUAUUUUUAGCCACUAAUUAAACUUUUAGUUUUAAUAGACCAAAAUUUGAUUAUUCAUAAUCAUUAUGGGUGUUACAACUUUUACUGAAGAAAUUAAUUCCCCUAUAACACCAAUUCGUUUAUUUAAGGCUUUAAUUGUGGAUUCAAAAUCCUUAAUACCAAAAUUAUUGCCUCAAUUUGUUGAAAAUGUUGUUUUAUUACAAGGAGAUGGUGGAGCUGGAAGUAUUGAACAAGUAAACUUCACAAAAGGUAACCCUUUUGAGUUUGUGAAACAUAGAAUAGAUGAACUAGAUAAAGAAAAUAUGGUGUGUAAAUACACAAUGAUUGAAGGGGAUCCAUUGGGACAAAAUCUUGAUUUUAUUUCAUAUGAAAUAAAAAUUGAAGAAUCCAAAAUUAAUAUUGGAGGAUGUAUUUGCAAAAUGACAACAAAUUAUCAUGGAAUUGGUGAUUUUUUUGCCAAAGAAGAAGAUAUUAAAGAUGGAAAAGAUAGUGCUAAGGGANAAGAUGGAAAAGAUAGUGCUAUGGGAAUUUAUAAAACUGUUGAAACCUACUUAAUUCAAAAUCCAAAUCUUUAUGCUUAAUUAAUUAAUCAAAAUGAAGCCUAUAUGAUUUGGUUCCCCUUUUUAAUUAAUAUUUUUGUUGUUGUUGUUGAAGAUAUAUAGCAUUUUCAACCAUGCUAUAAAAAAUUUAUAUUCAAAUUGAUGCAAGUUAAAUGUUUAUGUUGGGCUAAAUUUAGUUCAAUACACUUUUUAAUAAAGCUUGUGUGACUUUCUCCUAAAGGAUUUUCU